AACUAUUUCCCCUAGAAUUGUAACUAUUGGUGAUAAUACACGCGAUUGCGUGCUUGAUCUCCGAAAUGUCGAUUCCUUUCAAUGGAACUCGUACACGUUCUGCCGGAUUAAUUUCUGCAAUUGCGAAGCACUUGAGAAAUUUAACUUUAAAACCAGUUAAAUCAAUCGACAUAAAGUUUGAUCCCUUUCAUGAUAAAGGUUUGGAGGCAAGAGAUUUUUUAUUUCAAAUUACAACUCCAAAGAUUAUUGCAACAAAUCCACGUUGUACGGUGAAACCAUGCGUUGUCUCUAAUUUAUCUGAACCCAUAAUUACAUUCAAUUUAUUAUCUGGUGAUAAAAUAGUAUGCAAAGGUGCAAACUUGACAUCUUUAAAUAUUUUGGAACUUUACAACAAACAUAUCACACCUUUGGCUCCACGUGAAUCUGAAGCUGAAGUUGAGGACGCACAGUUAAAAAAGAAAAAGAAAAAGAAGAGAGCAUUUAAAAUUAAGCCAGGAAGCAAACGUAGAGGACUAUUCUUAUAAAUUUAUUGGCAAUUUAAUUUGAUUAUGA